AUGGAGCAAAACCCUCAAAUCCUUGCCAAAAAAGCAUGGAGCAUGCUACGUAUCAUGUUCUUCAUGCUUAAAAAAUCCAUUUCCAAAACAAGAUUCUUUGCCGAUCUUAACAUGAUGAUGAAACGUGGCAAGAUCGCCGGAAAAUCCCUACACAACCUUCUCUUCCACCACCACCACCACUGGGCUGCCACCACCUUCCACCCCCACCCCCACCACUUACCCUACCCCACCCCACCAACAAGUGAUGAUGAGUUCAGCUGCACCACCACCCCUCAACACCAAAACCAUGUUAAUAAUAAUAAUAAUAUAACUAUUGAUCAUGUUAAGACGUUGAAGAUGCUGACACGUGUCGCCGCCUCCCCCGGGUACCGAAAGAGUCCGGUGGUUAAGCAGCUGAGGAUAACGGACUCGCCGUUUCCGUUAACUAACGGUGACGAUGGUGGUCAGGUGGAUGAAGAUGCUGAGAAGUUCAUAUUGAGGUUCUAUAAUGGUUUGAAGUUGGAAAGUUAA